AUGGCUGGAGAAAAAGUAAAUAAAAAUAUCACCGAAUCCUCUGAACUCACCACUACUAAGAAUACCACCAACAAACCACAGAAGAGAAUAACUGUCGAUGCAUUAGAAAUCUCGGAAAAAUUAGGCUUUACAAUUCAUAGAAAAACAAACCGGGUAUUAUGGACUGAAGAUGAAGAUCAAAAAGUUUUAAACUCUGUAGAUGAAAUGGUGAAAAACUUGGGAUAUGCACGUGGGUUGGAUUAUUUAAAAGAGAAUCCAACUAUGGCACCUGGUGUCUUGGAGUAUCUAGAUUGGGAUCUUAUAUCAAAGCAGCAUUUCCUCAAUAAUGAGCGUAGAAGGGGGAAAGAUAUAAAGAAAAGAUGGAAUAGCACGUUAGAUCCAAAUUUGAAAAGGGGCAAAUGGUCCAAAGAAGAAGAUGAUCUAUUGUUAAAAACAUACACCAAAUAUGGACCCCAUUGGCUCAAAAUUUCUAAGGAGAUUCCAGGUAGAAAUGAAGAUCAAUGUUCCAAAAGAUAUGUCGAGGCACUUGAUCCCAAGCUAUCUGAGGGUAGGCUUAGAUCAUGGAGUUUAGAAGAGGACUUGUUGUUAAUAUCCAUGGUGAAGGAGCAUGGGACAAAAUGGAGGACGAUAUCGACGGAAAUGCAGUCGAGGCCCAGUUUAACGUGUCGAAAUAGGUGGAGGAAAAUAAUAACAAGUGUUAUAAGGAAGAGGGCUUCCAAAGAUAUCAUGGAAGCUGUUAAAAACACUGGUGCAUCUUUAGAGAGUAUCGAAUUGGGAUUGAAUAAAAAAGGUCAAAGAAAACCUGCUGAUAAAGAAGUAAAUGAUCUUUGUAAGGAAGAUAAUGUUAUGUCUGUUGGAGAACAUAAACAUCUACUUAGUAGGGAAAGCCAUGAUAUACUGGAUGGAGGGAACAAUGAUAUAGUCAGCGGAAAAAAUGAUAAAAAAAAACAGCAACAUUUUUCCACAUCUAAGAACGAAAAAGCAAAGACGCAUUUUACAAAUAAACUGGAUAAUACCAUGCCUGAGCCGAUAUUAUCUCCAGAAUCCACACAGGCAGGAAAAAAAAUACCUAGAGGCAUUCAAAUUAAUCAAAAUAGAAAUACAACAACUCCAACUAUUGAUAAAACCCAAGUGGAAUUAUUAAACAAAUCGCCAUCUCCAAGUAUUUUGGACUAUAAAUCCCAAAAAUGUUUUGUCCAGUUACCGAAAAUUACCAACCAAACAUCUCCAAUUGAUAAUAAUGAAAAAAGUUAUACCAACACAGACCCUAAUAACCAUACACCUGGUCUUAUUGGUCAUAAAAAUUUGACCGCAAAAAAUAAAGGGGAAAACAAAAGUGGCAAUACUAUAAUUGGGAACAUUGCCCCCACUCCCGACAAAAUGCAAUGGAAAUAUACUUUAAAAGAUAACAUGGGAUAUUCACUUUCAAAUGGGGUUAUUAGUUCUUCGGAAUUGGUGAAUGAAUUAAUAAUGGAGGCUAAAAAGAAUAACUUAAAAAUAUCAAUUCAUCAACAUAUACAUAAUCAUUAUGGUAAUCAUGGCAAUAACACAGGAACCACGGAUAUUUUGUUCCAAAGCAAUGAAACGUCGCCUGAAUCUAUAAACGCAGGAUCAACUAAUAACUCUAUCAAUUUUAUGAAAAACAAUACGCAUGCUAAUCAUGAAGCAAAUUUAAUUACUGGGGCCUCUCCUUUAGCGAGUUUAGACCCUCUUGAUGGUAACAAUGGAUUUACCUCACUUACCACGACACAAUUUCCACAACCAACAUUUCCAGUUAGUAGACCACCAAGUUCUCUGGGUGGGGCUCCAAACACACCUAAGAUUAUGCAGGAUCUACAAGAAAUGGGAAUAAGCAGACAUAGACAUUUCAAGACACUACCGCCAACUGUCAAACCCAAAUUGGGAUCAUCUGAUUCUUCUAAAUUGACAGAUAUUAAUAGGAUUUUAAACUCUAAUAUGUCAAGUAGUAGAUGUCGAAGGAAGAAUGAACGGAAGAGACGGGUAAGUGACAAUACCAAACUAGGGUCUGAAUCUGAGGGAAAUACACCUGUUAGUAGUAUUAGUAGUACUAAUUCUGCUGUCAAUAUCUCAUUAAAUACAAAUAUUCAGGGAUCUUUUCCUGAGAAAAGAUGUAAAAUUCAUAGAAUUAAGAAUGAAUCUAAAAAUAUUUCACAUCGUGAAUCUAGAGGAUCAUCUUCAUCACAUAAUUUGGAGGAAGAAGAAGGACCUGAUUUUUGGGAGAGCUUACGUUCUUUGCAGCCCGGUCCAGCUUUAAACAAAGACACUGAAAAUGAGGAUGAUUCAAGGUUGGAGCUGUUUUAUCAAUUUUUUGGGCCGCCAGAGACUUCUACUAUUUAUUAUUCCUCAGCGGCAUUAAACAAAAAAAAUAUGAAGGUUACAGAGCAAACUGAAGACUCUGAAAAAGGAUUGGAUGAAGAUUACCUUUUACCAUUUAAUCCGAGUUAA